UUGCUCAGCAACACUGCUGCGGAGUCGGGUUGGUAACUCUACACUUGGUGUUAUCGUUACACUGAGCUGCUGCACGCCUGGCAGGUAUCAUUACCAGCAGCAGACUGAGACAUAAACUAGGCAAGACUUCAGAUCUUGACUUCGAUCACAUGAAUCCAUCUGUUUACAAACAUGCAUUAUAGGUCAGAGGAUAAUCAAAACUUCACUCAAUAUAGAAUAAACUCCUUGGACGUUUUGAUCAAUUUUCCAUUUAAAAUUUGGAGAUCAAUAUGUAUAAAGUUUAUCUAUACAGCUUGUCCUAAUUGUUUCCACAAACUUUAAAAUUUAGGUGAUGUUACUUAUGUAUAGUGUUACCUCUAUCAAUUAAUAAUAAAGCAUUUCCUCUUGAUUUGAUUGGCUGCUGUUGCUAGGCUCCUCCAUCCCCAGCAGAGGAAGUAUGUAAGACGCUUAGCUGAUACUGAUACACAUGUAAAGAGGGGGCUUUUAUGUUUGGAAAAACCCCACGGGCUGACAGGAUCAGUCACUUUCACUGGGUAACUAAUAUCUACCUAAUGAUGUUGUUCUGGUGAGACACUCAAUAUUUGGAUUUUGGGGUUUGGAGGCUUCAGUUGAAUAAUUUUUUCCCCCAAGGGCCAUGCCACAAAUAACUUGACAUAUUUUAAACAGAGAAUAUGAGGCACAAGGUUGAAUUUGUUCAAAGUUGGGGUCAUCUGCUCAAAUAGAGAAAUGUUCACCUCCCUUAACAACUUGAACUACAAUCACUUACUGGUAGCUAGCAGAAGGUUUAUGCUUUAUACCAGUUCUUUUCUUUGGUAAGAUGGAUUUAAAUUGAUUGGCUUGAUAUGUCAAUAAGGUUUAUGUCUUUUUUUUUUUUUUUUUGGACACUUGAUUUGUCCAUUGAAACCAGCUGUGAAGUGUGUUUGUGAUCAAUAUUCUCAUCCAGUCAUCCAGUUAUAUCCAAACUUAAACCAUCUGACAAACACUUUCUCUACUGGAUGAAACAAACUGUUCAGAACAAAAACCAGGAACCCUUAAAACUCAAAUAUGCUGGAACAUCAGCAUCACUGCCAGAAUAUUGGAAAACCAUUCAAUAUUUGAUCAUGUUGCUGGGUGUCAUGACAUAAACACGUUACUAAACAGCGUUAAUGGAGAAGGAAACUUUAAACCUCUGAAUUUUAAAGAAUUUUGAGAUGAAGCUACGAGCUGUAAAAACCAACCAUCCAGAUUUACCUUGGAACCGUUAGCCACCUUUUUAGAAAAACAAAAAGAGGAAUUGGUGUCCACCAGCUCUCACUUCGUGAUAUCUGUUAAAUUAGACUUUCUUCUGCUUUUAAACACCUGUUUCCUUUGCAUAGGAACAGAACAUCUGUGGUUUUUUUUACAGCUCAUAUGUUUGCCGAUUUCUUUGACAGAAGCUUUAACUUUUGAUGAUGCAAAACCAAAUGCAUAGAUAGGAACACAAGUCAUAAAUAGAAAACAACAAGAAGCUAUUAAAAAGCAUCAUGGGUCAACAUCAAUGUUAAGCCUGCAUAAUUUAGAGAUAUUUUGAGUUGAGAGUUGCGCUGAAGCCAGAUUUCCAGAAGUGAGAUGUGAGAGAAAGACCCUAGCCGUCCCACUUCCUCUAACAGAUUGUAUAAAACAGCAUUCACAUACAUGCAGACUUAAUUACACUGACUGGGAAGAACAUUAAGUUUAUAGAAAUGUCCAAUACUUAUUUUGUAAACAUCUGAAAUUUUAAAAACCUGCUGCACGAUUCAAGAGAAAAAAAAGUACAUCAUCAUCUAGGAUUAGAACGCCAAAGCAGAUUUCCAGAUUGGAAGUUUGAUUCUAGUUCAAGUGAUGCUGUGUGAAGGGAGACUGCUGAGCAUGACCUACGGUGAGAUGGAGGAAAUGGACUCGCUGCCUCCUCCUCAGACUUUCCAUCGUGCUGGUGGGCGACCUAGAACCUCCCUAACACCCAGCACCUCUGACCCCUCUUCGCUCAUUUCCUACAGCUCCUUGAAGGAAACGGGAGACACAGAGAGCCUGAGGGCUUCAGUCGACCUGUACAUCUCUCCCCUUUCAACCUCAUCAUAUCUCCAGGGAGUCUAUAUGGGGAGUCAAAUAUCUGCAGACAUGAAAAUUCCUGCCCAACCUCACCGUGAUGGGGGUGACACCGCCCUCUUGGUUCCCUCUUUCUGCCAGACCAUCUAUGAAAAUUACAGCGACCUCCAUAUUGGAGGGGAGCAGGUGCUGCCUCUGUCAGCCAACGAUGCCGAUUUGAGGGUAUGUGCUGAAGCGCAGGCUGUGAGGCCUUUCCUACUGUCCUGUGAUGUCCCACUGGCGGUGGAGGACUCUCCUCCAGGAGAGCGAGGUCUGCCCAACCUGUUCAGGAGGGGAUCCAACCACUGGAGACAGGCGAGUGGCCGCGAUCGCAGCUUUUUGUUCCAGGGUCACGAGGGUCCCUUCCCCAAUUCCCUUCUGAAUCAUUACCUGGAGCAGAAGCUCUUGGAUCUGUACCAGCAGUACAUGAUGGAGAACAUGGCGAGGGAGGGAGUUCCCGGUCCAGAUGACGGUGCCAUUUGCCCACUGCUGGGUUCAGAGCUUGUUCUGUCCAGCAUUGACCAGAUCACCCAACAGCUCAGCCGGGAGGGCAACCUGGAGGCCGGCCUGGCCAAGGACAUGGUUCUGAGCUGCUUGCUGAGGGUGGCCAGCGACCUGCAGUCGGGUGAGAUCAGCACGCCUUGCCUGCAGAUUUCAACCGAGGCCUCCAGGGAGCAGCUCACAGAGAGUGCACAAGAAUAACCACAAAGCUUAAAAGCUCACUUUCUGUUCUCCUUUACAACUAAGUUUGAUUAUUGCUGUUCUGGAGAGUGAAAACCUAGAAUAGAUGUCGAUAAGCAGCUUUCCAUGUGUUGCUUUUGUCUUUCUGUCAAUAAAUCUAAAAUGAAAACUGAAA